UGCUGUUGUUUUUUUUAUUUUGAUUAAAGGUGCUGAGCACUGUGGGCGUCGCAAACGGCGUGCAAUUGCUGUUGAGAAUGUCAUAGUGCUACCAGAUGACGGCGAAACUGGUAUAUAUACGUACAAUCCAAAAAAUGAAAGUGUCGACGAGAAGGAUUUCCCAACACGGACCGGGAAAACAGAAGCUCAAGCUAAAACGCAUUGCACAAAAGCAAUCGAAGACUCUACAGCAGGAAAAGCCUGUAUCAAGAUAAUUGCUGGAUACGAUAUAAAUGAAUUUGUUGAGCAAUGUGUGUUUGAUGUCAAGGUAACCGAUGAUUACAAAGUUGGAUCUCAAUCUGCAAUCAAUACCAUGAUCGCUGACUGUGAAGAAAUAACGUUGAGAGACUUAAAGUAUUGGAAUAAUGAUUCAUCUGGCGCAUCACCCCCAACUGAAAUUGGUGACAGUGUAUGUCCUAACGAAUGCAGCGGUCGUGGAAGUUGCCAAAAUGCUACAUGUUUCUGUGACAAAAAUUACAUUACUGCUGACUGUUCGUUGAAAAAAGGUCAAGCUCCUACCAUUUUGGGCGUACCAUUUAAUGGGCUUUGUGACAUUCGAAAGCAAGACUGUGUUCGUACACGAGUGAUGGGGAUGGAUUUUAUCGAUUCAACACGUCUGACAUGUCGCAUGACUGAAGUUGUGAUUAGUGAUAAACCAUACGUUGAAACCACCCGUCAAAGCACUGAUGUUGGUCAACUUCUUAGCUUCGGUGAAAUCAGUUGCUUGCUGCCACGGUCUCCAGUCGAAAUUAAUGGCAACCCUUCCAAAUCAACAGGAAAACCCGCUGGUGGAUUUUUGAUUGGAGUAUCCAACGAUGGCACAAAUUUCAGUCAUAACAAAAGUUUGUUUUUGGUGUAUGAUUCAAAAUGUAUGGACUGCGGUAAAGAUUAUAAAAGUUGUAUUUGGAAGCAAAAUUCUUGCAAAGUCAGCAAUUAUUGUUUUGCACCUGGUGAUGUAAAUCCAAAUGACUGGUGCCAAGUAUGUGACCCGAAUAAAAACAGGACCGGAUUUGUCAAACGAACAGUAAACAAACCACCAGUGUUCAAAGCGCCUGCGCAAAAGUUAAAGCCAUUUAAAGCCCAAACUUGGCGAUAUGUUAUCCCUGCGUCAGAUCCUGAGAAGCAAAGAUUGACAUACGAAUUUGUUGGUGAUAAUCAUGGUAUGAUGAUUUCCUCUGCGGGUGUUUUAACAUGGUAUCCUACUCAAAGUAAAACUUUCGAGUUUACCAUUCAAGUGACAGAUCCGUGUGGUUUAAGCGCUACGCAGAAGUUUAUGGCAGAUGUGAAAUCCUGUAUUUGUGAAGGGCGCAAUGGCGGUAUUUGUGUUUGGAAAGGAACUCAAGGUGUUUGUCAAUGUCCUUCAGGCUGCAAAGGAAGAGGAUGUGAUGAACACAUUGAUGGAAAAAUUUGCAAAAUAAAAAGCAGUGAAACCAAUGAAGAUUCUCCUGACACAGUUACCAUAACUGUGAUUGCCAUUAUUGUUGUUAUUGUCACUAUAACGAUCAUUGCCGGUGUUAUAGUGUAUGUUUUGAAGAAAAAAAACAAACCGAUCAAUUCCGCCCAUUGUACAAAAGAUGAAAAUGUACAGAUGAAGUUUGGAGGUCUUAAGAAAGGUGGUUCCUCCAUUAAUAAUGGUUACGUCGAAUGAACUUUUUCACAAAAAAAAUGUUUCUUUUAAAUCUUAUUCUGUUAUUUUUUCCAAUCCUCGAAUGCUUUGGAAUAUUGUACGCAGUGAUAUUUCGUCUUUGUUGUUGUUUCUUGCAACGAAUGUUCUUUGAAUAAACAGAGGAUCGUGACCAUAACUCUUCUUUAACUCAUAAGCUCGUUCCCAGGCCGUUUUUCCGUCAAGGUUACAUGAUCACAACUACAAGCGAAGAGAAUAUUUUUUACUACAUUUCACUUUCUCAAUGCUUCAAUAAUGCCUUUUUGGCGAUUAUUUUUUAUGCCUUAAGAAUGCAACAUAAAAAUUUACACUUGCACUGAUGGUCUUUUUCGUGUACUUGCUUGAUGUAAUGUAUGUUAUUGCUAUUACUGUGGAAAGUUUAUCAUUUCUUGAACAUGAUAGUUUAGUAGGCGACGUUUCGGGAGAUCCUUCCCCCAUCAUCGGGCAAAGUAAAACGAUGUUGCGCAUGUAUUUAUAUAAUUGCAGAGGAUCGAAAUUCAUAAAAAUUAACCAAUGAGAAACGAGCUGAUAAUUACAGUUAAUUACGGUAAUUAACACUUUCGGACCUGGAUGUAGGUAACUACUUCUUCUGUAGGGCUGGUAACCAAAUCUCAGGAAGUUGAUACGAGAUGCUGUGUAUGUGUUUGUUACGCUCUACACUGUUGAUGGUUUCUUUAAUCUUCCUGGCCGUUGUUCUGGAUUCUCUGUCAAUUUUUUUCUUUUCAUCCCAAUUAAACUGAUGACUUCUGCUCCAGCUGUGGUCCGCAAUUUCGUUUUUCUUCACAUCUCCGUUUCUCACUGCGCACAUAUGUUCUUGUACUCGUUGCUUAAACUUUCUUUUUGUUUCGCCUAUACACACUGCAUCACAAUCUUUACACGGGUUUUCGUAAACAACAUUGCUUUGUUCUUCCAGGUUUAUUUUGUCUUUUGGUUUAGACAAAGUGCUUCUUAGGGUGUCUUUAGGGCAUUUUAUUUAGUCUUGUUCCUGGUAGGUGAAGGUUUUUGUGCGUGCUUAUUUGCUUUCUUUUUAUUAUUUGCUCUUUUUGUUUUUUUAUUAAGUAAAGUUUUGUAUUUUUAUUCAUCGUUUAUGGGUUAAAAUCUAUCGUAUGUUGAA